UUCGAAGUGACAAAAACAAAAUAGCUGGUUACUAGAAGAAACGCCUUUUAUUAAGACUUUAUGUUGGAGAAAUACGAAAAACUGUUAGUGCUAGAUGGAUCUGGUGAAGACCGUAUUGCGGAAAUAGAAAAGAUACUGAGUGGACUAUUGUUUAUUCUUCCUUGUCGGUUUCGAAAGGAACGGGUUGUCUCAGAAGCAGUAUACGCCUUGUUAUUGUUCUUGAAACAUUACCAUAACCAAGUCAUUUAUAAGUACAUAAAAACAUUGCCAAAACAUGUCCAGAGAAAAAUAACGACUCCUUACGCUCAAGUGAUUAAACAUUUUCAGGCUAAAUAUGCCAGCUACAAACCUGUUUCUGAUAUGCUGUUUGUUCUUCAAACAUCCUCUUUCCCAGCGGAAUUGUUUGUUGCUCGGACGUCGCCAGAGUCGCAGGAAGAUUUCGUUCUUGUCGUCGAAGCAACUAAGGCAUUGUUGCGUUUGUACAUAAUGUAUCUGACAUCAGGAAGACUCCCGUUACCUUCAAACGUGUUGGGACGAGACUUUAAUCGAAAACUAUUUGCCGAGUGCAUGAAACAGUAUACAUUAGCAAGUUCGGUCACUACACUUCCUCGUACUGGCAAACAACUUCCACAGCUUUCUACCGUACAAAGUCCCUCUCAGCAUGUCCGAACACACGUCACCGAGUACAAAUGUCUCGUCCCAACAUCCAAGCUGUUUCCUAAGCCUAAUCGUUGGCAGCAAUUGGCGAACACCAUUAAGGUGUUGCGUCCGUUCGUCUAUGUUGUGCUCGAACGAUACUGGAGGCGUUUCCGCGGUAGCCAUGGACGCAAGCAUUCGUGGGUUCCUUGGCUUAUUGCACUAACCCUGGAGCUCUCCGCGCGUGCUAUUCAUAUCUCGCAAACCGGCAAAAACAAGGCGUACAGCUAUGUGAAAACCUUACAGGAUCAAGUAUACGCGACCUCCUUUCGCCGUUUUCUCAACUGGGCAAUGUUGCAGGGUCGUUACUUCGACCAAUUCACAAGUAAAAUUAUAACCUUCUGUGCUCUUUGGCUCGGCCGUUUGCCCCUACUUGGUUCUCUUAUUCGGUCAGCACUUGUCGAUUUUGUUCAGACUUGUCAAGAUUUUUAUUUUUUCAUAUCAAAUUACUAGAGCGACUAUUAGAAAAAUUACUAGGCGGAAGCAAACGAGCGUACAGCAAUUUUACUUCAAGACUAAAAAAUCAUUAAUGGUUCUUCCCAAUAAAAUAUACCCAUCUUGUUGUUAUAUUUGUUUUCUUUUUCAAAAUCACCCUCCUUUCGUCACUAGUUUUCAUGAUUUCUUCCUAUAUCUACUUCUAUCUAUUCACUUAUACAUAGCUAUUAGAGAGUUCAAAAACUGUCAACUAUGAUUUCAUUCAU